GCUCCUUCGCCGUCUUUACGUUCUACAGGGUACAGUAUACGGUUGAGUGAGUACAGUCCUAUAACAAAUUCGAACACAUUGUCAAUCGAUUACUUCGUGAAUCAUCCAUUCGGAGUGAGUAAAUUAGAGGAAACACGGGCCGCGGUGCGAAGUUCGCAGAAGAGACCUUUACAAAACGUUGUGCAAUUGAUUGGAAUUUGACAUUGGAAUUUUAACUUAAAUUACGUCGAUUGCGGCCGGAACAUAUGUGAGAUUACGAGCGAUAAUCAGUUAAGUGAGUGUGAGUGACGUUUGCGAUUAGUUGCGUACGGACAAUUUCGAAUUACGUACCACGUAUUUUACGGCCGAAGGCAAAACUGCCUUUGUGCGGCUGGCGAAAAGCGGGCUUUCGUUUUCUGUCACGCAUUUUGCCUCGUUCUUGUUUCUCGCAUCGGAUCGUGUAUUCUGGAACUGCAAAUUCGCGGUAGCGAAUUCUCCACAUUGCAGGAAAAUUCUUCGAGGCGUUCGCCUGAGCAUCGAUCUCAUACCACAUUUGACUUUUGGCUGAUCGAACAAAAUCAACAAGAUCGUGGUUUGGAUUCGCUCGAGCAACAAUGACAAUUUCAUCUGACAACGUAAGAGGAUAAAAGCAAAGACUUAUUACUUACAUACGCUACUUAAAGAAUACAUACAUAUAGAAUAUUUUCGUUUUGUUUUUGCUUAUUUAUCUUUAAACGUCACGAUGGACUACGAGGUACCUCGCGACUUACAGAUGCCUUAUCUACGGGCGAUUCAAAAGAUACCGGGUGAUACCGCUGGUGAAAAAUUGAGUUGGAUCGGAAGAUUGACUUUACACCAGACCAGCGAAAGUCUUGAACAAUUUCCACCAGAAUUGCUGCCUAUACUGCGCGUAGAAACUGCUGUCAAGAAGAAGAUGCACGAGGAUAUAACGUCGGCGCUCAAGUGUGAAGAUUCGACGAUAAUAAAUCGGGCUUUUAAGGCUUCCUGGUUCUUCGAUGGCAGCCACAAGAAGAUCGUUGACGUUUCAUAUUUCUGCGAACGUCUCUUCCCCUACGUUUCCGUGAAUACAAGGACGCGUAUUGUGCUUACACUCGCACAUCGAUUAUCUGGCAAGAAUCCAAUUUUCGCGCAACAAUUAUUCACAGCAGUGUCAUCUAUUUACGGUAUUCAAAUCGCUUACCCGUUGAUCACGGCUUGCGAUGAAGCUUUUGCUUAUAAAACGAUCAUAGAGAAGGAACUCGUGCUGCCAGUAGAAAUUGCUAAAAAGAUCUUCCGCAAAAAUCCGGAUUUUAUAGUGCGUUUUCUCAAAUUAUUGAAACCCCGCGAACUAAACGCGACUGAGCGUACUCCUUUCGCGAUCGGCAUCGAUAGAUAUAAGUCUUUCCUGCCUAAAUUAAUAAAGAAGCGACUGGAAGCUUUCGUAGUACUGUGCGAGAUACAUGAGACAGAUCCGCCGAAUAUUGUUUUGAGUAACACGUGUGCCGAAAUAUUUUUGAAAAAAGCUCAGAAAUAUUUGAUAAAGAAACCGCUUUUAUACAUCCGCAUCUUACCACCCAAAAAGAUCAACGAGGAUUUAAUGGAAAGCAUAUUUCCAGGUCUAUUGCCCGCAGAAAUUUCUUCCUUCAAUACAGAUAGCGUGCUCGCUUACUUAAAGCAUUUCCCACGUGAUAAAAAAUACGAUUUGCUUUGUAAAUCCUACAAAAAUAAAUAUCAUGCUGAUCUUCUCGACGAGACGAAAAACGUGACGCCUGCUUUAUUACAGUUAUUACCUGCAGAGGAGCGGAUCAAACAUGCUAAAAUCAACAUCGAAAAGCAGAACUUAUUAUCAGAGGAGAUUCAUUAUGAAUAUACGAUGGAUUACAAAAGAGCUUGGAUUUGUUAUUUACCUGUUAACGAAGCUAUACCGGUUAUCAAGGAAAAAAUAAAUAAAACUGCAAGUGAAUCAAAUAGAGUUUGCCUUAUUUUACAAAUGAUUUACGUUUGUAAGGUUAAUGAGGAUGACGAUGCGUUGUCCAAUACUUUGACAUAUUUCUUAAAUAGACAUAAAAACGAAAAUUCUUGGCUAUUCGAACGAGUGUUCGAUGAACUCUUGCAAAUAUACGAUGUACCUCAUUUAAGCGAAAAGCAGAUCUCUCUUGUACUGGACAUUGUCCGAUUAUAUCAUGUAAAAAAUGAAUUCGCACCGAAAGAAAUACUCUCAGCUAUAAUACAUUUCAAACUUAUACACAAUAUGCCAAUUGAGGAGUUGAUUAACAUGCUUCUAGGAGAUAAUCGAUGGUACGUAAACUUCAACAUACUCGAAGAAUAUCCACAAUAUGAGAGACAAUGCCUCGUAACUUUUGCAAAUGCCAUUCAAAAAAGGUCUUUCAAAAAGCUUGAUGAAAAAAUAUACAACCUUUGCAGCUAUGUUGCAGCGAUAUAUGAUUUCAACGAUAGAUGUAAAAAAUCGCGCGUCAAGAUAAAAGAAAUGACAAUUAGAGAUUAUCCUUGGCUAAUGGAUGCUAUUCGCGAAGCAAUACGUUCCGAAGAAGAUACUUGGAAUGUAAAAGACAUAUUGCAGAAGAAUGAGUCAGAACUGUACCGUAAUUGGUUCCCAGAAAACAUCGCAAAUGUAACAUCAGGCGCGGCGCUCGCUUUAUUGAAUCGAGAUUUACAAAAUAUACUGAAGAAUUGGGAAAAAUAUUUAGCUGACUGCAUGAAGAACUGCCAUAUUAAACGUGUACAACGCUUCGUCAAGGCCACGCGUUGGUAUAAAGACUUACCCAUUAAAUUUGCUGAUCGUUGCAUGAAUUAUAUCUACGAUAAAAAUACAGAUGAAAUAUCGUCUAGUGUAGUUAUCCUGGCCAUUCUACUUCAUGGUGAUGUGGUGACAAAACUAAUUGAUCCUCUCACACCUACGGAAACAACGAUAGAUACUAGUGAUCCGAACGCCAAGGAUAAUUACAAGAUCGUGCGGAAUUUACCAUUGAGCAUGAGACUUUCCAAUCCACCAGUACCUCUCGAUCUCGUAGUUAGAUUGUGCGAAGGAGAUUACUUAUCAAUAGCUCUAAUGACACUAACAAACGUGAGUAGGCGGACUUCUUUGCCGAAAGUGAUAUCAAUCACACAAAAGUUAAUGAGUAUGCGCGUGAGCACGCGAAAACAUGGAAUUAGGCUGAUGUAUUUAGUAGCUUCGAUGCAUGAACUUACAGAUUUUCUCCAGAAAACAUGGGCGAUCGAGAAUCAUCAUUCAGUACGACAAGUUUUGUUCAAGGCUUUCCAGAAUUUCUUCCUUACAAAGCCAAGUCCCGAAACUUGGUCCCUAUAUUGUCAAGCUAUGUCGACGUUGAAUCUUAAGGAUGAAGAUUUGCUUUCGGAAAUAGAGUUAUUUCCUGAGAUCCCCAAUGAAUACAUCGCGAAAUACCUCGAGCUAUGGCUUAAAACGAUAGACAAUCUUCAAAGACUGGACGUCCAAAAGAAAAACAAAUACAUUGUCAAUUACUUGGCAACGAUCACUGCAUCCGUUUUCAACUUGCUACCCGAAGAAUUUUCUGAGAAUAUACUUCGAAGAUUUUUAUUCCACAUCGAUACUAAUGUGUCCGAGGCAGCGAGACGAUUUACAAUAGCGUAUAUUUUAUCAGAGGAUAAGGAUAAACAUGCAACACGCAUCAAAGUAUUUGCCGAUGUCUUCCACAACGCAGUGACCACUUAUUGGAACGUGCCACAUCCUAAAAAAUUACGCUUCCAUCCAAUCAACAAAGCUGUGCGUUUAUUUGUGGAUGAUUUUGUUGUUAGCUACGUUGAUAAGUCUUGCCUCAAUAAGUCUAUUAACCCAAAGAUCAUCGAUAAUAUGCAAACGAUAUUUUUAUCUGUCUUAUCACCUAGGCAGGAAGCAAGGUCUUAUUUGCUAUUGGUGUACGCGAAGAAGUUACAAGAAUGCAUAUCGACCAAGACUUCCUUUGGCCUAAGACUCGGUCAACAGUUGCACGAAUUAACCGAUGUCUUCUCGUCGUUAUUAGUUUCGUUUAUGACCGAGGUUCUCAAAUACUUUCUAAGCCGCGUAUAUAAACAUUCCGACUUGGAAGAAGUCAAACUUAGUGUCAUAGAAGGCCUCGUUGAAGCUGGUAAUACGGAUUCCUGUUUUAUAGCUGUGACAAUGUUACCGUCGACAAUCCAGACGAAACACGUGGCAAGAUAUGAUCGACUCAUCGAAAAAUUCCGAGAAAUGGAGGAGCCUACUAUCACCAUUUUAUACGAUCAUUUAAACGAAACGGAUUUGAAAACUAUUGAUUAAAUGAAUCAAAGGAACGAACGAAUGAUUUUUAUAUACGUAUCUUCCGUGAUAAUAUUUUACUAUGAUCAAGGCCACGUACGGUAGUGUUUCGCGCCAAGUACACGCGCAGCGCGAGACCGCCGUGACUUCUUUUACGCGAACGCACGAGUUGCAAUAUAAUAUUAACGCCUUAUCAUAUAAAUUGGAAUGGAUCAAUCCCUCUUGCAGGGUCUUAUUGUACCUUGCACACACGCACUGCAUGGUGAUGAAGUGGAUACCGCUUAACGAAUAGAGCAGGAUGGGUGUUCUUGUCUAUGCCGGCACACAGUUCAAUGCCAUUGAACAGUUUAUUGGCCAAUUGGCAAUUAGGCAAUUGGCCAUGUAUUUUCCACGUGUUGGGCCUUAUCAGUAGCCUUAUCUGGUGUAUUUCUCAUAUGGGUCUAUGAGGAUUCCGACCAAUCAUAAUCUGCAGAUCUCUCUGAAAUAGCACUGGCAUUUCCUCAUUGCCUUUCGUGUCAUGGAAGUCCAUAUAUUGGAACUUUGCUAUCAUGUUUUUGGCUAUCUUGAUGACGUACAUGAGUCAGAAUUAUGGAUACGAAAAGUUGAUGAUUCAACUUUUUAUAACAUUUAUAAAACGGAUUCUCCAUUUCAGUUUCUAGAAAAUGGAAUGGUAUCUAUUCGGCACUUCCAUAUACUUCCAUACUAUUAUUUUCAACCAUCUCAAGCAAAAUGGAGGAUCGUGUUUAUGGUCUGUUAUAGUAAAAUUAUAUCUUUCGUGCGACAUUGUAUCCAAUUUUCUGGCCAAAGGCAAGCGUGAGACAAUCCAAAUAUAUAAGGAUGACAUAAAUGAGAAUAAUCAACUGGAGGGUGUACGAAUCGUGAAUGAGAGUUUUGACAUUGAAUAUUUUAUCGAUAAGAGUUAGUAAUGAUGCGAGAAAAUUGACACUGAUGAUUGUUUAAUAUUUUUAUUAAUUUUUCGAUAAAUUGAAGUUCAUGGCAAAUAUUUAUAAAUUAGAUUUUCACAACUUCUAAAGCAUGUUUAAUACAUUGUGAUACAUACGGACUGUUUAAAUAAUGGCAACAUAUUUUACAUUGUCCCAGAUAGCCAAUAAGUCUGUCGAAAACAGAUUUUGUAAAAUCUUGCUACAAAUGUUGUUGACAAGAAGCUAGGGGAUACAAAUUUAAUACAGAAUUUAAUUUAACAAAUAAUGUCGACAAAAUGCUAGCAAAUAUGUAACAAAAUCUGCUGACAUAAUUUGAUAGCAAAUUGCCAACAAAAUACGGCAUCUUCUAAUAAAUUAGCUAAUUUUUCUUAAUUGUUCAA